CGGGAAAAGGAGAGACAGGGCUCAGCCCAGCGCUCGUGGGGGGAGAGAAGCAAGGCCCUGCCUGGAGCUGCGGAGUAAGAGUGGGGGCUGCAAGGAGUGGCCUAGAUCUGGCCAUGUCCGACUAUCAGAUCUCAGUGGAGGAGCUGAACGACCUGCUGGCUAACGGGAGCGGCUGCUACAGCCUCCCCAGCGCGCACAGCAACGAGGUGGCACCCCGCAUCCACGUGGGGAACGCGCGAGGCCUUUGGAGGUGGAGGAACAAUUACCCAGAACAACUCCCUGAGUUUGUUCAGUCUGACAGGAAGGACCUACGCCAUUUCAAGGUAUUUUCAUUCACCCCCACAGGUUCUUGGAGGUUCAUAGCCAAGAAUAUCAUGAGAUUGCAGCGCCUGGGCAUAACCCACAUCCUGAAUGCAGCUGAGGGGAAAUCCUUCAUGCAUGUGAACACUAAUGCAGAGUUCUACGAAGGCACGGGCAUCACCUACCAUGGCAUUAAAGCUAAUGACACCCAAGAAUUUAACCUCAGUCGCUAUUUUGAGGAGGCAGCUGACUUUAUUGAUAGUGCGCUGUCCCAGAAGGAUGGCCGGGUAUUUGUGCACUGCCGUGAAGGCUACAGCCGCUCCCCGACACUGGUCAUUGCUUAUCUGAUGCUUCGCCAGAACAUGGAAGUCAAGUCCGCAGUGAGCACUGUCCGGCAGAAGCGGGAGAUUGGGCCCAAUGAUGGCUUCCUGAAGCAGCUCUGCCAACUCAAUGAGAGAUUAGUGAAGGAGGGCAAACUGAAGCCCUAAACCGAGGAGCUGCAUUUUCUCAGAAGGGCUCUCUGGACUGUCAAAGGGUGCACGUUAGCUGCUUUAGAUACCCAAAAUCAAACUGCUAGGCUAGGUCAUGCAGUGUGAGGGAGACAGAGUUCCUUCUCCUUGUCUGGUGACAGUAUCUCCCACAUGUCUGGGUCUGUCCUUUAAAAUAGCACAAAGCUCCAUCACUCCUAGGAGUUGUUGCACUAAAGAAAGCUCUUUAGAGGGAUAACUCCAACAAUAUAUCAGCUGUCAUCACAUGUGUUUGUUUCAGAGCCCACUGGAGGUCCCAUGACAUAACGUGCUUCGCAUUGACUUUGGAUGUCAUUUAUUUAAGCUUCAUGUUCUUGAAUCCCAUCAGUGCAGCUCAGCCGCGUGGGUGCCCAAAAGCAGAAAUGCACCUCCCUUCACUUGCUUUUAAUUGAAGUACUGUAUUUUUAAAAGUGUAUGUCACACACUCACAGGUGCCUAAAGUC